AACGUUGUUCUCCGCCUGCUAUCAGAAGACAGAGUGAUUGAAGGUUCAGCCCACUAUAGCCCCUGGAUACUGCAAAGCCUACAGAGUCGGCCAAGCAUCCCAGGUUGGCCAACGAGCGUGGUGGGACAGGAUGGAUCCUUCUCCCGAGCCCCAAGAGAAGGGUGGGACACUGGUGCUGAUCCGACGACAGCCUCCUGUGUCCCAGGGUUUGCUGGAAACACUGAAGGCCAGGUUGAAGCAGAGCUGCAUCUGCAGUAUACCAUGUGCUCAGGCUCUGGUGCAGAAUCUGUUUCCUGUCCUGCACUGGCUGCGUCAGUACCGCCCUAAAGAGUACCUGGCAGGUGAUGUUAUGUCUGGGUUGGUCAUUGGCAUUAUCCUGGUGCCACAAGCCAUAGCCUACUCACUGCUGGCUGGGCUGCAGCCCAUCUAUAGCCUCUAUACCUCCUUCUUUGCCAACCUUAUCUACUUCCUCAUGGGCACCUCACGCCAUGUUAAUGUGGGCAUCUUUAGCCUGUUGUGCCUCAUGGUGGGUCAGGUGGUAGACCGAGAACUCCAGUUGGCUGGUUUUGACCCCUCCCAGGAUUCUCUAGGGCCUAGAAACAAUGGCAGCACACUCAACAACGCAACCACAACACUGGUGCUUGGGCUACAGGACUGUGGACGGGACUGCUACGCCAUUCGAAUCGCCACUGCCCUCACUCUGGUGACUGGCCUUUAUCAGGUCCUCAUGGGUGUCCUCCGGCUGGGCUGCGUGUCUACCUACCUCUCACAACCACUGCUCGACGGUUUUGCUAUGGGAGCCUCUGUGACCAUCUUGACCUCUCAGGCUAAACACCUGCUGGGUGUGCGGAUCCCUCGGCACCAGGGCCUAGGCAUGGUGAUCCGCACAUGGCUCAGCUUGUUGCAGAGUGUGGGACAGGCCAAUAUAUGUGACGUGGUCACCAGUGCCGUGUGCCUGGGAGUGCUGAUAGCGGCUAAGGAGCUCUCAGACCGCUACCGACACCGUCUGAAAGUGCCAGUACCCACAGAGCUGCUAGUCAUUGUGGUGGCCACACUUGUAUCCCACUUUGGACAGCUCCACUCACGGUUUGGCUCUAGUGUGGCCGGCAACAUUCCCACUGGUUUUGUAGCCCCACAGGUACCAGACCCUAAGAUAAUGUGGCGUGUGGCCCUGGAUGCUGUGUCCCUAGCCCUUGUGGGCUCAGCCUUCUCCAUCUCAUUGGCAGAGAUGUUUGCUCGUAGUCAUGGCUACGCUGUUCACGCCAACCAAGAGCUUCUAGCCGUGGGCUGCUGCAAUGUGCUGCCUGCCUUCUUCCAUUGUUUUGCCACCAGUGCUGCUCUGUCCAAAACCCUGGUGAAGACAGCCAUUGGCUGCCAGACCCAGCUGUCCAGUGUGGUCAGUGCUGCUGUGGUGUUGCUGGUGCUGCUGGUGCUGGCUCCACUGUUUCAUGAUUUGCAGCGGUGUGUGCUGGCUUGUAUCAUUGUUGUCAGCCUGCGUGGGGCGCUGCGCAAGGUUAAGGACCUCCCACAGCUUUGGCGGCUAAGCCCUGCUGAUGCACUGGUCUGGGUGGCUACUGCAGCCACCUGUGUGCUCGUCAGCACCGAGGCUGGACUUCUAGCUGGGGUGUUCUUCUCACUGCUCAGCCUGGUGGGCCGCACACAGCGUCCACGGGCUGCCCUUCUUGCUCGAAUUGGAGACUCAACCUUCUAUGAGGAUGCUGCCGAGUUUGAGGGCCUCCUGCCCCCACCUGAGGUGCGAGUGUUCCGUUUCACAGGCCCACUCUACUAUGCCAACAAGGAUUUCUUCUUGCGGUCACUCUACAGUCUCACAGGGCUGGAUGCAGGGCACUCAGCCACCAGGAAGAAAAAGGGCCCAGAGGUGGGUAUCAGUGACAGCAGUCUUGCUGAUGGCAAGGAUAUGGGUUCAGUGAGCAGCGGGACCGGGCUGGUGGUACCCCUGGCAUUCGGUUUCCACACAGUGGUCAUUGACUGUGCACCACUGCUGUUCCUGGAUGUGGCUGGCAUGGCCACACUGAAGGACCUGCACAGAGACUACAGGGCCCUGGACAUCACCCUGCUUCUGGCUUGCUGCAGUCCCUCAGUGAGGGACACGUUGAAGAAAGGGGGCUUCCUUGGGGAAGACCAGGGAGCUGAGGAUGAGCUCCUGUUCCCCAGUGUACACAGUGCCGUGGAGGCUGCACAAGCCCGCCGUGAGGAGCUGGCGGCUGCUGACUCUGCUUUUUAGCAGGACCGAGACCCAUGUCCACAAGCCAGUACUGACCUCCUUGGUAGGAGUGCUAUGAAGACUGGAGUCAUUAGAGAGAUAUACCCUUAGACCACCUCUAACCUGGAAAAGUCAGGGAACUCCAACUAAGAAAGGAACACAUUCAAGAAUUCCAAACAUUCAGUAAUUGAGCCACUCUACAUCUGAGACCAUUGCUGCCCCCUGGUGGCUGCACCCACACACAUGAUCCCUCAGCCAAAGCAGUGCCCAGUUUAACAAUAGUCUGUGUUACCAUCUUAUCUGAAACAGAGUCCUGCAAAUUAUGCGGUCUCUAAGAUACCAAAAGGGCACAUUCCCUCCCCCUGCACCACCAGGUAUGAGAUAUGAGCUGAACACAUGGCCGAAAGGCCUUCUCAUGCCCAGUGAUCAUCUUGAUUGGGCCCUUGCGAAGGCAGUCACCUGCUCCAGAGCAGAUGCUCCAGUGUCACGGUCUAAGAUGAUGUACACCUGACCUUCAGGCAUGAUGUCUCUAUACAGCUUAUACUGGUGACCACAACGUGGCCCAUGUAUAGUACAAAGUCAGGCACAGUAGAAACACCAAUCCCAUUCUGUACCUCUAAGAAAUCCUCAGACGGAAACCACCUGCGCUCCAUCCAAGGGCUACCUUUGGCAUAGCCAAGCAGACCUUCCCCUCCUCUUCUGCCCAACAGGAUGCUCUAACAGGAAGUACAGUCCCAGCCCCGACCGUGCCCUACCCACAGUCCAGCACUGUGCUCCACAGCUUUCCGGGCUCAGCAUCUCUGUAAGACAAGCUCUGACCAGCAACUCCCAGGGCACCCACCUCAGUAUCACCCACCUGGCUGUGAUGAGAUCCAGCAGCCAGUGUAUCCGGACCUGCUCGAUGCCACUGUGAGGCACAGCACCGAUGUAGGCAAGGUUCAGUUGCUGGUCCCAACUAAGGUCGAACCGGUCAGCCUGGUCAUGAGGCAGUGGGGGGCUGGGGACAGGACAAAGAAGUGAAGUGUUUGUCCCAAGCAGGGACUUACAGCAGACCAGGUUCUACACAUUUAAUACCUGACUGACAGGCCCUUGCAGAGGAGCAGUGUGUGUCUCCACAUUGUAUGAUAAAGUAGCCCUUUCACCAGAAAUGUUCUACAGUCUUGUCUUGGGGUGGGGUGAGUCGGGGAGCUUCAACAAGACACAGUACCACAUUCUAAUAGGACAUCUGCCUGCCAUAGAAGAGGAUCUGCAAAUUCCUAGAGAGACUUGGAGGCAUUGAGAAACCAGGUCUGGCCCAACACUCGAGGUCAGGUCUUGGUACUUUGGGAGAGCCCUUGGUUCUGCCGAAGUACUAAUUAUGAGCCUAUAGCUUGAGUACCGUGCUCUUGAUCCCGGGGAUUAGGGUGGGGGGGGGGGGGGCAUUUAGGGAAGCUGUGGCACUUGGGAGAGCCACUAAAGUAGAAAACCCAUGCCACACCCUGAAGGAAUUUGAUCUUCACUCCUGAGUGUCCAGGAAUGAUGGGCAGCGAGCCCAAAGGUGUGAUGAGAGAAACCCAAAGAACGGAGCAAGGGCUUUCCUAGACUUGGCAAGAGCGUGCGGUGGGCCUCACCAGAAGCCGGUGCUCCUCCAAAAGGGCAGCAAAGGCCUCAGCGGGCGGGCUGCAUCCACUCGCACCAGGUAUGGGGUCUCAGCCAGAGUCAAGGGCGCGGCCAAGAGCACAGCUAGAAACGCGAGGCGCCGGGGGCGCAUGGCUAAGGUAUCCAGGCGCCCCUGAUCUGCAAGCCUUUAGGUCCCGGUAGCAGCGGUUCCGCCUCCGGGUAGAACCCACGUGACCGCUCCCCAGGCAGGGGCAGGCAGAACACGCGCCGCCUCUUCCCCUGGCGAGUUCCGCCCAGGUUGCUGCGUCUCAGACGCUCCAAUCUCCGAACGACCACUGGCAGAACACUGGCCUUGGGUGUCUCGGUGAGGCCAUUAUUCCUGGUGAUGCCAGGAAAGGUCUCUCGGGAGGCCUACGAGAAGUUUGAAAAGCACGUCAGACACUACUCAGUCUCGUGAGGAGUGAAGGUGGAAAGCUGUACCAGAAGAUGGCGCUGCGGAACUAUUCCAAGGAUUGGGUUUGGCAAGAAAGUCAAGGGUAUUUCAGAGCUUUGGCAGAGCGGGUCUAUGCUUUUUCCUGAACUGGAGCUGUUGUAAGAAAAACAGGCAUUGUUAUUCUUUCCGUCCCUACCCUGGCCACGCCCACUCCUUUUAACCUCUGACCUCGCCUGCCACUGCUCUCUAUCCCUGUGUUCUCUCCCGGUGUACACACGGGGCUCUGUCUCUCUCCUCCUCUCUCUC